AGCCCCUUUAAGGCCAGCGCAGCGCUCAGCUUGUUGCUAUGUCUGGGACCAACUUCCUUAGCAACCACGUAGUCCCUUAAAGGGGCCUGAGCGGUGGUUGCCACCAGCCAUGGCUCCCAAAAAGAAGACAAACAAAGCGCCCAAUGAGCUCGAGAAGAAGCGGAGAAGCGGCAAGAAGGAUACAGGCACCCCCAAGCCCUUGGAGCCACCUUUGAGCGAGGAGACGAAGGAAUUCUACCUCAUGCAGAUCCGAGACCUGGAGGACAGGCUGGCCCGGUACCAGCGCAAGUGGGACGAGCUGGCCGUGCAGGAGAAGCAGUUCCGCCAGGAGUUCGAGCAGCUGGCCACCAACAAGAAGGAGAUCGUGGCCUUCCUCAAGCGCACGCUCAACCAGCGCAUGGACGAGAUCGCCGAGCUCAACGAGCAGCUGCAGAGCCUGCAGCUGGCCAAGGACAUGGAGAAGGACGCCUUUGAGGCCCAGCUGGCCCAGGUGCGCCACGAGUUCCAGGAAACCAAGGACCAGCUCACCACGGAGAACAUCGCGCUCGGGGGGAAGCUGGCAGCCCUCGAGGAGUUCCGGCUGCAGAAAGAGGAGCUCAUGGAGAGGUUCGCGGUGCUGGAGGACCAGCUGCGGAAGCAGGAGAGCGAGUACAAGGAGAACAUCUACAACGCCGAGAAGAAGUCCAUGAUGGACAAGGACAGGCUGCGGAAGGAGAUCACUCAGCGCGUGAACCUGGUGGCCGCCGAGUUCCGCAAAUUAGCGGCCUCCCAGAUGUGGGACACGACCAAGCGGACCAUCACGGAGAACAACGUGGUGACCCUGCAGCUGUCCAAGGUGUCCCGACACGGCCUGCAGCUGCUGCGGGAGAACGAGGAGCUCAAGAGCGCCCAGUGCCACCUGCGCCAGGAGCUGGAGCUGCUCGAGAGCACGCAGAAGGCCAUGGCCAAGAACAACCAGUCCCACCAGAAGGUCAUCCUCAUGCUGACCGAGAAGUGCCAGGAGCAGCAGCUGGACCAGAAGGAGGCGGAGAAGACGCGCGCGCGGCUCAGCAAGCAGGAGCACUGCCUGCAGCAGUGCGAGGAGGAGAACCGGGCGCUGCGGAAGAAGCUGGAGCAGCUGAGCGCCGGGCUGGAGCAGCAGCGGGCUGAGGGGCAGCGGCUCCAGCAGGAGCUGGCCAAGGAGCAGGGCACCAGGGCAAGGCUGGAGAAGACCGUGACCCAGGCCACCUCGGUCCUCCAGAACAUUCUGCAGGGAAGCAGGAAGUGCUUGGAAGCAGGGUGGGGGGUCCUGAAGCCGGGCAGGGGAGCGGGAGGUUGCCCGAGGGGCUGGCCUGCCUCGGCCUUGUCUUCUUGGGGCGGGGGGGGGGCGCGUCUCCCCUGCCGCUGUGGCUGGAGACCUUGGGAAGUGGGGUCCCGUUCCCCUGAGGGCCUGACGGCCGCGCCCUACACCCCACAGAUGCGGCCAGAGGAGGGCAAAGACGCCGAGCUCCUGUUCCAGCUGCAGCAGAGGGAGCUGACGGAGCAGCUGCUGGCCAUGCUCAGCUCGGCCCUGGUCCUCGGUCCCCUCCAGGUCCCCUGUCCCCAGCAGGAGAGGAAGGCCAGCCGGCAGUCCCCCCGCACGGCCCUGGUGAAGCAGCUGGCUGGCAUCAGGCCCUACCAGCCCGGGGACCUGGGCCUGGUGCCGCGCGGCUCGGGCAUCCCGCCCAACCCCAAGGACCUCCAGCUGCUCUCCCACACCAGCCGCGUGGGCAGGGUGGGCAACCUGCACAUGCAGAACAACACCGAGAUGAAGUUCGGUAUGCAGAAGAGAAGGCUGAAAGGCUGCGGCCAUCCUGCAGGCUCUCUCCUUUCCAAGUGAAACAGAGAUGCCCACCCCCUAGCCCAGAGACGGACUAUCCGGCCACAGAUCCUGCCCCCCA